AUGUCCAAGGUAAAAUUAGCUGAAUCGUUGAUUACUCGAUCAGCCAGUAGUCUCCUACGAAAUAAAAGCUACAUCGGAGGACAAUGGGUUGCAUCAGCUAAUAAACAAGUUUAUACCGUCUACAAUCCAGCAAAUGGCGAAGCUGUUGCUGAAGUAGCUGAUAUGGCUGAAGAAGAUGUUGCUCAAGUGGUGGAUUCAGCACAUCAAUCUUUUCAUCAAUGGCGUAAAUUGUCUUAUAAGAACCGAUCGGGAAUUGUCAGUCGAUGGGGAGAGCUAUUGUUGAAAAAUCGAGAUGAUUUGGCUGCUAUCGUAACCACAGAACAGGGAAAGCCAUUGAUGGACGCUAAAGGGGAAGUGACGUUGGCAGCUACCUAUAUUCAGUGGUUUGCUGAGGAAGCGAAAAGAAUUCAUGGUGAUGUUUUGCCUAACCAUGCUGACGAUCAUCGUUUACUUGUUUUAAAACAGCCUGUCGGUGUUGCUGCACUGAUCACACCGUGGAACUUUCCUGUCAACAUGAUCGCCCGGAAAGCCGGUGCGGCCCUGGCUGCUGGCUGUACAGCUAUUAUCAAACCUUCAGAAUAUACACCACUAUCUGCCUUAGCGUUAGCUGAUCUUGCUGAAGAAGCUGGCUUUCCUCCAGGGGUAUUUAAUGUGAUAACUUUUGGUGAAAGAUCGACUCCACAUAAUGUCAAACUUCUUUUAGACAACCCGUUAGUUAGAAAAUUAUCAUUUACUGGAUCAACUGCAAUCGGCAAGCUGUUAAUGGAACAAUGUGCUCGCACUUGUAAACGUGUAUCGAUGGAAUUAGGCGGAAAUGCUUCAUUUAUAGUAUUUGAGUCUGCCGAUAUAGAUGCAGCUGUGAAAGGAUGCAUUGACUCUAAAUUUCGAAAUACUGGCCAGACUUGCGUCUGUGCCAACAGAAUUUUCGUUCAUGAUUCCGUUCAUGAUGAGUUUUGCGCAAAACUUGCCGCUGCCAUGAGAACUACCCUUAAGGUGGGUCCUGGCUUUGAAGAAGGUGUUACACAAGGUCCAUUGAUAACAGAGAAAGCUAUUGCUAAGGUUGAAAGGCAUGUUGCAGAUGCUGUAUCUCGUGGCGCUACGGUUGUAACAGGAGGAACGAAGCACCCUUUAGGUGGCCAAUUUUUCGAACCGACUUUACUAACCGGUGCUACAGUCGAUAUGGCGUUCGCUUCUGAAGAGACAUUUGGUCCUGUAGCACCAGUAUUUAGAUUUAAAAAUGAAGACGAAGUAGUCGAUAUUGCAAAUAAUACAAAAGUUGGCUUAGCAGGCUAUUUUUACUCCCGUGAUAUAUGUCAGAUAUGGCGUGUAGCUGAAGCUCUGGAGGUUGGCAUGGUUGGGGUAAAUUCAGGCCUACUUACUACAGAAUUUGCUCCAUUUGGAGGAGUAAAGGAAUCUGGCCUUGGUCGUGAAGGUUCACGAUACGCUUUGGAAGAGUUUUUAAAUAAAAAGUAUGUCUGCAUGGGUGGAAUUAAUUAAUUCAUUCAUUAGCUAAUGUUGAAUAUGUCCUUUCCAAUAUUUGGCAUUUACUUUGAAGAACUGACAAAAUUUUGUUGCUUAACACAACGAUGCGACGCUCUUACACGAUGUUUGCAAAAAUUAUGUGCAGUAGAUCUUCAAGAGCAAAUGCGUACUCGUUAUAUAUUUGGUUUAAUAAAUUAGCAUUAUUAAUAAUUGGCAUAUGUGUAACGAUUAAUAUCGAUAACGAUUCGAAAUGAAAUAAUAUUUACCGAAAGAAAUAGUUAACUUAAGGGUG